AUGUCCAACCCGUUGAUGAUCAGCCAUGCGCUAAUGCUUAUUUCUAGAAUUGAGGAAGAGCUGGGCACGACCAUCUAUCCGGGAACGGAGAUCAUGGCUGAUGUAGGAACACAUCAUUUCGUGAAGUCCUCGGCCGCGUCCGAACGGGUGUUGGUACCUCAGCCAUCGCAAGAUCCUCAAGACCCUCUGAAUUGGAACCGCUUCUGGAAAAUGAGCGCCAUGGCUAUCGCGACCGCAACCUCGUUUAGUCAAGGUCUAGGGCCUCUUGCUCUGGCACCCAUGUUCCCACAAUUGAUGGAGUCCUUCAAUUCGGAUCUUGCCAGUGUGGUGCAAUUCACCGGUGUUUGUAUUUUAGUCCUGGGAUUCAGCAAUUUCUUUUGGAUCCCCAUUCAAGCUUCUUACGGCCGACGACCCGUCUUGAUCUUUUCCACAUUGAUUUGCCUUGUCAGCAAUAUCUGGCGUGCGGUCGCAACUACAUAUGGAAGCUAUAUGGGCGCAUGUGUCCUCAAUGGAUUGGGCGCUGGUCCAGCGGAGACCUCUCAGCCCGAGAUCAUCACGGAUAUCAUGUUCCUUCAUGAACGAGGAGCCUAUAAUACACUAUAUUUUACCGCCUACUUCGGGUCUCUGAUGGUUGGCCCGAUUAUUGCUGGGCCAAUGGCAGAGCAUGUGGGCUGGCGCAGUUUCUUCUGGUUGAACGUUGGUAUCCUAGGCAUCGUGCUGCUCUUCCAGAUCUUUCUCUUCCCCGAGACAAAGUGGCACCGAUCUCACCCGGAUGAGAUUACCCCCGAAGGGCAGGACCCAAACCCGGCGGUCAACGACUCAGCAUCUGAGAAACCAAUCGAGGUCUCUCAGCAAGAGACGGUAAACGUGGAAGACGCCGCUGAACGAGACCCGUACUUGCAUCGAGGCCGCCCUUCCAAGAAGCAGUUCAAGCUCUGGCAGCUGGAUGGACAUAAUUUGAAGACCGUCCUUCUCAGCUUCUGGAUCCCGUGGAAGCUAUUAGCCUUCCCCAUUGUCGAGUUCGCUGCCUUCAUUGUGUCUUGGUCGGCCAGUUGUUUCUUGACGUUGAACCUCACUCAGAGCCAGGCCUUUGCGGAGCCCCCCUACAACUUCAACAGCCAGACUAUCGGCUUCUUCAACUUUGCCAUUCUGGUCGGUGCCUUCAUCGGCUUAGCCACUAAUGGCCCCUUCUCGGAUUGGAUCUCCAUGAGGGCUACCCGUAAGAACCGAGGUAUUCGUGAACCGGAGAUGCGAUUGCCCGCAAUGGCGAUCUAUGUUGUCAUCAUGAUUAUCGGAAACUUUGUGGUUGCGUUCGGGUACGAGUAUAAAUGGGAUUGGCGGGUAAUUGUCCUCAUCGGCUACACUGCGGCGGGCCUUCAAGUCGCUGCCCUGCCAGCCAUCGCAAGCACCUACGCGGUUGACAGCUAUAAGCCUGUCGCAGGCUCGAUCUUUGUUUCCAUCACCGUCAAUAAGAAUCUCUGGGGAUACGGCUUCAGCAAGUUCAUCACCCCGUGGGUUGAGGAGAGCGGGUUUAUCAAGCCCAUUAUGUUAAAUAUGUGCUUGGCUACCCUGUGGUGUCUCUGUGCUAUUCCAUUUUACUUCUAUGGGAAGAAGUUCAGAGGGUGGACCGCCAAGUCCUGGGUACAUAAGAUGUAG